AUGGAUGCCCCAAACCCCUAUCAUGUUCGAUCCAAUAGCUUGCCAUCUAAAUCACACCCAAUCUUACACCAAUUGAAUGAGAAGUUGCUGCGCUUCAGCUAUUGCGACGCAAGGCAAACAGCGAGCUGCCCUGUUGAUUCCUUAGUUGAUAUAUACAAUGAUUCUGAGGACUUUCUCCGGUUGCCUCUCGUCCAUGAAGCCAUUCGGCGACAACAUAUAUGGGUCGAUGAGAUUCUCGAUGAGACUCUUAUAUUGAUGGACAUGUGCAGCAAAAUGAAUGAUGCCAUAGCCAGAGUAAGAGAGCAACAGGCGGGUGUUCUCUCAGCUCUUCGUAGGAGAGACCACACAGCGUUGAGAGGCCAAAUUGGGGCCUGCAUCUUAGCCCAAAAGAAGAUGACCAAGGAAUUGGCCAAUUCCCUUGGCACUUUGCAAAAAACUUACAAAUCAGUUUCCUAUCAAUCCCAAGACCGAGGAUCAAGUCAAGACGAUGAUGUCCCCUGUGUGCCUUGA